AUGGAAUUCGCCACUGGAACCGUCAACCUUUUCAAUGUUGCUCUAGAUUUCUUUGAACGCAUCCAACUCGCACGAGACUUCCAGAAAGAUUUCGCAAUCCAUCAAAUCAAGCUCGAUAUCAUCCAACUCCGCCUAUCACGCUGGGGCGAGGUUACCGCGAUUAACAGACAAGGUCAAAAUGCUCAGACGACGAGUAAUUGCCCCGAUCUGGACUGGCAGGCGGCAAGCAUCCUUGAGCAAAUCCGAGACACAUACGAGAAGGCUCAGGAGGAUGCCAACAGCAUGAGACCGGGGAGCAACGCACUCGAGGAAGCGCCACUUGACCCCGAGACCCACAUAAAUGAUCGGCUCAAGCGUCUACGCACAAAACUUCGCCACUGUCUAAGGAAAUCAACGUCUGAUGCAGCCCAGCUCGGUCAUCGCAUCAAAUGGGCCUUUUACAAGAAGAGCCACUUCGAAGGGUUCGUCGAGGAUAUUUCAGCGCUCCUUGACGCGCUCGAGCAGCUCCUCCCUGAAGAUGCCAGGAAACAGCUGCAAGAGCUUAGCAAGGCAGAGUGCGAAGAUCUCGGCAAGCCUGCCCUCGAGACACUCCGAGACGUGGUCGAAGACUGCGAUCCAUGGAUGAAGCUCGCCGUGAGCGAGGAGCUCAGCAAGGGCUCUUAUGCUGGAGUCAAGUUCGUGAAUAAGGGGACCAACUACGGCCAGCAAUCGACAAUUCACAAUGGCUCCGUGGAGAUCAAUGGUGCCUCUUACGGGAGGCAAAAUAGAAUCGUCAACAAUUGGGCGAAGGCGGUUAGACAGGGUGGAGAUCGACGUCUUCACCCUGCAGGGUUACCCAUUAGCAACUGA